GUCAACAACGAGCCGCCCCAGCGAACGGACGCAGUGUGCGGAGCAGCGUUCAACGUGAAAGCAAAAAAGAGAGAAAAAAAAAAAACAACACUGAAUAAGAGACGAAUCGUCUUCGUAAACGUAAUCGAAAUUCGAGUUUCGAUUUUAUUUAUAGACAAACGCUUUGUUUACGUGUCGUGACGCGUGUGCCAACUAAAACGAAACGCAAAGCAAAUAGCUAAAAACAACUUGCGAGAAGAGAUAUACUAAACAACAAAUUGUAACUGUGUUUCAAGUGAACCCAAAAAACGCAAAGACACAAACAUGUCGUUGGGCAGCACAACGGAUUACCCGCUGACUGUGGAGACUGUGGAGACAACAACAACGGUUGGAGAACUGUUUGCGGAAUUCAUUGCUGCACCGGCAAGCAGCAUGAGUCCCGCCGCCAUCGCGGAGCACAUGCAACAGAAUCAAAUCACCUUCGAGAUACCCACAGCGCACGAUCUGCGCCACAUUGAUGCACUGCAUUCGUUCAACGCUCUGCUGCAGCGCAUUGGCAACUCAGCAGCUGCCUCUGCCUCUGCCUCGGCCAGCAUUAGCACCGAACAACUCUCCAAUUCAGUAGUGCUCGAUCUGGCCGAUCUGCGAGAGAGCAACAAUGCGGAUGGGGAUAACAAUUCGACGUGGGAGCAAAUCUUUGGCGAUGCCGAUAUGCAUGCGAUUGUCAACUAUUUGUGGAUUGGUGUUGUCACCUCGUUGGUGGUGUUAUCACUGGUCUUCAUACUCUUCAGCUGUUACUUCUAUCGCAAGUUUCGUACAUGGAAAAAGUGCAACAAGGACAUACGGGCACAGAUUCAUGCGGCAAGCGAUUCCUACUCCUCGCACGGCGCCAGUCAUCACCUGAUCAGCUGCGAUGCCCGUCGAUUGUUGCAGCAGCUGCCAGCAGCCAAUGGAGCAGCAACUGGCUCGCAACUUGUGAGUCCAAUUGCAGGCGCUGCCGCAGGUGGCGGCGUUGGAGUCGGUGGAGGCAACGAGGCGGCGUUCUAUCAAAUUGAAUCGCCACCCUGCUACACAAUUGCCACAGGUCUGCCCAGCUACGAUGAGGCGUUGCAUCAUCAGCCGCGUCAUUUUGCCUACGGCAUGAAGUUUGUGUAUCCCAGUCUGGCGGCAGUGCAUCAUCAUCACCAUCAUCAUCAUAAUCAGCUUCUGCAGCAACGUGCGUGCAUUGCCAACUGGGAAAAGGACGCAGUGCAGCGGUGCAGCUCGAAUAAGCUGCAAAAGUGCAAACUGUCAGCAGCAGCAGCAACAGCAGCAGACGAUUCGUCGAGGCAGACGCAAAUUCAAAUGCAGACGGAGAGUGAGAGGCUGAGGCAAGCGGAGACUGAGGACAAAAGCUCGCCUGCUAUUUGCAUUAACAUGCCCGAUGAGAUGGAGGAGGAGCAGCAUCAGCAUCAGCAUCGAAAUGUGGUGGCCAAUGCUGCCGGCGGCAGCUGCUGACGAUGAUUGCGCCUCAUUGGUUGUUGUUGUUGCCGCGUGAUUGCCCAUCAACUGAGCUGGCCAGGGCAUCUAAAGGGGGAAACGGGAACGGGGAAUUGCGGGGGAAGGGUAUUGGGUAUAGAUUAUGGGCCAGAGAUCAUGGUUACAUGUUUAGUCACUUGUAAAUAUUGUAGUUUGCAUCCUCUGGCUGAUCCUAUAAACUAGCUUCGAUGACAGAUGAAAUGAUUUCAUGAUUUUGUUUUAGAGAUGCGGCACAAACUUUGCUGCCGGCGGCAGCUGCUGACGAUGAUUGCGCCUCAUUGGUUGUUGUUGUUGCCGCGUGAUUGCCCAUCAACUGAGCUGGCCAGGGCAUCUAAAGGGGGAAACGGGAACGGGGAAUUGCGGGGGAAGGGUAUUGGGUAUAGAUUAUGGGCCAGAGAUCAUGGUUACAUGUUUAGUCACUUGUAAAUAUUGUAGUUUGCAUCCUCUGGCUGAUCCUAUAAACUAGCUUCGAUGACAGAUGAAAUGAUUUCAUGAUUUUGUUUUAGUUAUUUGUUAUAUAUCAUGUAUUAUCCAAGACUGAGUAUUAUUUAUUGUCUAUGUAUUAAGUAAUUUAAACGAAUUGCCUAUCGUUUAAGCCUAAAUGUUAAUGAACAACAAAAUAUAAACGCUAAAAAUAUAUUCAACAAAACGACUUACAAUGAAAAUCAAAGAACAACAUUCAUUUUGUUUUAUUUUCAUAGUUUCUUUAGUUUGGUUCUUAAUUUUACGCUACAAUUUUAUUGGUUUUCUAUUGGUAAUUGCUAAUUGGAUUAGAUAUAUUCGUUCUACAUUUUUCUCAAAAUUAUUAAUGGGACUUAAAGCGUACUUACUCAUUUGUUAAAUUUUAUUUUCUUCUUUACUUAUCCCCAAGACAAGUUAGCGUAUUCGCCACAGACCUGUUUCUCCUUAAUUGAAACACAUUUAGUUAAAGGUAUUUUUGAUUUUGGUUUAAUUUUGCACCUCUUGAUCAAGCACUGUUAGUUCUUAAAGUGUUGCAGUUACUAAAACGACUUGAAAAGCAAAACAGCAAGUAGCGAAAAUAUUAUGAUGGAUUCAAGAUAAAAGAAAAAUAUCUACGAUAUCUAUGUAUAGGCCUUUAAAGGGAGAGAAACAAAAACUUCAAUCGAAAAUGCAAAAAUCCAAGCUAAGCAAAUUAACUAAAGCAAAUAAACUAAUAAAUAAAGUCAACUAUGGUAAAGAGAAAUU